UUGUGCUGUCUACAAACCAGCAUUAUUACAAGGUUUCAACAAGUCAAACGUGCAGUUUAUCGACUUGUGCUGUCUACAAACCAGCAUUAUUACAAGGUUUCAACAAGUCAAACGUGCAGUUUAUCGAGUGAGUUUCCAAAUAACGCUAUGGAAUUACUACUCUGGGAAAAUUGUCUUUGACAAGCAAAUUAUGCAUACUUCUUGUGCUGUCUACAAACCAGCAUUAUUACAAGGUUUCAACAAGUCAAACGUGCAGUUUAUCGACUUGUGCUGUCUACAAACCAGCAUUAUUACAAGGUUUCAACAAGUCAAACGUGCAGUUUAUCGAGUGAGUUUCCAAAUAACGCUAUGGAAUUACUACUCUGGGAAAAUUGUCUUUGACAAGCAAAUUAUGCAUACUUCUUGUGCUGUCUACAAACCAGCAUUAUUACAAGGUUUCAACAAGUCAAACGUGCAGUUUAUCGACUUGUGCUGUCUACAAACCAGCAUUAUUACAAGGUUUCAACAAGUCAAACGUGCAGUUUAUCGAGUGAGUUUCCAAAUAACGCUAUGGAAUUACUACUCUGGGAAAAUUGUCUUUGACAAGCAAAUUAUGCAUACUUCUUGUGCUGUCUACAAACCAGCAUUAUUACAAGGUUUCAACAAGUCAAACGUGCAGUUUAUCGACUUGUGCUGUCUACAAACCAGCAUUAUUACAAGGUUUCAACAAGUCAAACGUGCAGUUUAUCGAGUGAGUUUCCAAAUAACGCUAUGGAAUUACUACUCUGGGAAAAUUGUCUUUGACAAGCAAAUUAUGCAUACUUCUUGUGCUGUCUACAAACCAGCAUUAUUACAAGGUUUCAACAAGUCAAACGUGCAGUUUAUCGACUUGUGCUGUCUACAAACCAGCAUUAUUACAAGGUUUCAACAAGUCAAACGUGCAGUUUAUCGAGUGAGUUUCCAAAUAACGCUAUGGAAUUACUACUCUGGGAAAAUUGUCUUUGACAAGCAAAUUAUGCAUACUUCUUGUGCUGUCUACAAACCAGCAUUAUUACAAGGUUUCAACAAGUCAAACGUGCAGUUUAUCGACUUGUGCUGUCUACAAACCAGCAUUAUUACAAGGUUUCAACAAGUCAAACGUGCAGUUUAUCGAGUGAGUUUCCAAAUAACGCUAUGGAAUUACUACUCUGGGAAAAUUGUCUUUGACAAGCAAAUUAUGCAUACUUCUUGUGCUGUCUACAAACCAGCAUUAUUACAAGGUUUCAACAAGUCAAACGUGCAGUUUAUCGACUUGUGCUGUCUACAAACCAGCAUUAUUACAAGGUUUCAACAAGUCAAACGUGCAGUUUAUCGAGUGAGUUUCCAAAUAACGCUAUGGAAUUACUACUCUGGGAAAAUUGUCUUUGACAAGCAAAUUAUGCAUACUUCUUGUGCUGUCUACAAACCAGCAUUAUUACAAGGUUUCAACAAGUCAAACGUGCAGUUUAUCGACUUGUGCUGUCUACAAACCAGCAUUAUUACAAGGUUUCAACAAGUCAAACGUGCAGUUUAUCGAGUGAGUUUCCAAAUAACGCUAUGGAAUUACUACUCUGGGAAAAUUGUCUUUGACAAGCAAAUUAUGCAUACUUCUUGUGCUGUCUACAAACCAGCAUUAUUACAAGGUUUCAACAAGUCAAACGUGCAGUUUAUCGACUUGUGCUGUCUACAAACCAGCAUUAUUACAAGGUUUCAACAAGUCAAACGUGCAGUUUAUCGAGUGAGUUUCCAAAUAACGCUAUGGAAUUACUACUCUGGGAAAAUUGUCUUUGACAAGCAAAUUAUGCAUACUUCUUGUGCUGUCUACAAACCAGCAUUAUUACAAGGUUUCAACAAGUCAAACGUGCAGUUUAUCGACUUGUGCUGUCUACAAACCAGCAUUAUUACAAGGUUUCAACAAGUCAAACGUGCAGUUUAUCGAGUGAGUUUCCAAAUAACGCUAUGGAAUUACUACUCUGGGAAAAUUGUCUUUGACAAGCAAAUUAUGCAUACUUCUUGUGCUGUCUACAAACCAGCAUUAUUACAAGGUUUCAACAAGUCAAACGUGCAGUUUAUCGACUUGUGCUGUCUACAAACCAGCAUUAUUACAAGGUUUCAACAAGUCAAACGUGCAGUUUAUCGAGUGAGUUUCCAAAUAACGCUAUGGAAUUACUACUCUGGGAAAAUUGUCUUUGACAAGCAAAUUAUGCAUACUUCUUGUGCUGUCUACAAACCAGCAUUAUUACAAGGUUUCAACAAGUCAAACGUGCAGUUUAUCGACUUGUGCUGUCUACAAACCAGCAUUAUUACAAGGUUUCAACAAGUCAAACGUGCAGUUUAUCGAGUGAGUUUCCAAAUAACGCUAUGGAAUUACUACUCUGGGAAAAUUGUCUUUGACAAGCAAAUUAUGCAUACUUCUUGUGCUGUCUACAAACCAGCAUUAUUACAAGGUUUCAACAAGUCAAACGUGCAGUUUAUCGACUUGUGCUGUCUACAAACCAGCAUUAUUACAAGGUUUCAACAAGUCAAACGUGCAGUUUAUCGAGUGAGUUUCCAAAUAACGCUAUGGAAUUACUACUCUGGGAAAAUUGUCUUUGACAAGCAAAUUAUGCAUACUUCUUGUGCUGUCUACAAACCAGCAUUAUUACAAGGUUUCAACAAGUCAAACGUGCAGUUUAUCGACUUGUGCUGUCUACAAACCAGCAUUAUUACAAGGUUUCAACAAGUCAAACGUGCAGUUUAUCGAGUGAGUUUCCAAAUAACGCUAUGGAAUUACUACUCUGGGAAAAUUGUCUUUGACAAGCAAAUUAUGCAUACUUCUUGUGCUGUCUACAAACCAGCAUUAUUACAAGGUUUCAACAAGUCAAACGUGCAGUUUAUCGACUUGUGCUGUCUACAAACCAGCAUUAUUACAAGGUUUCAACAAGUCAAACGUGCAGUUUAUCGAGUGAGUUUCCAAAUAACGCUAUGGAAUUACUACUCUGGGAAAAUUGUCUUUGACAAGCAAAUUAUGCAUACUUCUUGUGCUGUCUACAAACCAGCAUUAUUACAAGGUUUCAACAAGUCAAACGUGCAGUUUAUCGAGUGAGUUUCCAAAUAACGCUAUGGAAUUACUACUCUGGGAAAAUUGUCUUUGACAAGCAAAUUAUGCAUACUUGUAAGUCGAAGUCGGUGCUCAUUCAUGGGCAAACGUAAUGU